AUGUCUCAGUCCCUCCGGCCGUACCUGCAGUGCGUGCGCAGCAGUCUGACGGCCGCGCUGACCCUGUCCAACUUCGCCUCCCAGACCGCCGAGCGGCACAAUGUCCCCGAGAUCGAGGCCCAGACGUCGCCCGAGGUCCUCCUCACGCCCCUGACCAUUGCGCGCAACGAGAACGAGCGCGUCCUCAUCGAGCCGAGCAUCAACUCGAUCCGCAUCAGCAUCAAGAUCAAGCAGGCCGACGAGAUUGAGCACAUCCUGGUACACAAGUUCACCCGCUUCCUCACGCAAAGAGCCGAGUCAUUCUUCAUCCUGCGGCGGAAACCCAUCAAGGGCUAUGACAUUUCCUUCCUAAUAACGAAUUUCCACACGGACGAGAUGCUCAAGCACAAGCUGGUCGACUUUAUCAUCCAGUUCAUGGAGGAUGUUGACAAGGAAAUCUCGGAGAUGAAGCUCUUUUUGAACGCGCGAGCACGAUUCGUGGCCGAAUCUUUCCUAACACCGUUUGACUGA